AAUUUUUAUCAGUCGCAAGAUUUGUUUACGACACAGUGUUCAAUACAACAUUAGCGAAAGUAGGUUAUUAUCCAUUCAGCAGAAAUGGAAGCUCCAUCAAGCUUAGCUGAUAAAUUGGCAUCGAAAACGGCGAGCAGCAACUCGUUGGACAGUAGCUCCAAAUCAAGUUCAUUGGGCUCGAAACACGGUGCCGAGAAUGGCGUACUGAGGGAUACGCCCUUUGCCUAUUUGGAGGGUGAAGAGGACCAGGACCAGAAGAACGAUGUAACAUACGUCUGUCCAUAUCGCGGUCCCGUAUUCGGUGCCCUAACGAUUACCAAUUAUCGUUUAUACUUUCGUUCGCUUCCGCUGCGGGAUCAGGAGCCUCCGCUCGUCGUGGACGUGCCGUUGGGUGUGAUAGCGCGCGUUGAGAAGAUUGGAGGUGCCACGUCACGUGGCGAGAACAGCUACGGCAUUGAAAUAUUCUGCAAGGACAUGCGCAACUUGCGCUUUGCACACAAGCAACAGAAUCACUCGCGUCGCACGGUCUUCGAGAAGCUCCAGGCCAACGCAUUUCCACUCUCUUACAGCGGAAAGCUGUUUGCAUUCGCCCAUGCGGCUGCAGCACAGCCACCAGCCGCCAAUGCGGCUGUUAGCGCAGGCUGGGAUGGAUGGGCAGUGUACGAGCCACUGGCAGAGCUACGACGCCUUGGCGUUCCUAAUGACAUGUGGCGUGCCACGAAACUGAAUGAAUCCUAUGGCAUUUGCGAUAGCUAUCCAGCUGUGUGGGCUGUACCCAAGGCAGCCUCCGAUGAUUUCUUGCGUCGAGUUGCACAGUUUCGAUCGCGUUGUCGUCUUCCAGUAUUGUCCUGGAUGAAUCCUCGCACUCAGGCAACCAUUACACGCUGCUCACAACCGCUUGUGGGCGUGAGCGGUAAACGCAAUGCAGAUGAUGAGGCUUAUCUCAGCUACAUUAUGGAGGCUAAUGCACAGUCGGACAAGCUGACCAUCAUGGAUGCACGGCCCAGUGCCAAUGCCAUUGCCAACAAGGCCAAGGGCGGCGGCUACGAGUCGGAAGAUGCCUACAAGAAUGUGGAGAUCAAUUUCUUAGAUAUACAUAAUAUCCAUGUAAUGCGUGAGAGCCUGCGCAAGGUGAAGGAAGCGUGCUAUCCAACCCCCGAUGACUCCAAGUGGCAGACGGCCAUUGACAGCACGUUGUGGCUGAAGCACAUACGUUGCAUUCUCGCUGGCGCCGUGCGCAUCGUGGACAAGGUGGAAACGAUGAGCACUUCGGUGGUAGUCCACUGCUCCGAUGGCUGGGAUCGGACUGCACAGUUAACGGCGUUAUCUAUGCUGCUGCUGGAUCCGCAUUAUCGCACUGUGCGAGGCUUUGAGGUGCUCAUCGAGAAGGAGUGGCUGUCGUUUGGUCAUAAGUUCCAGCAGCGCAUUGGACAUGGCGAUAACAAGCACUCGGAUGCGGAUCGCUCGCCGGUGUUUCUCCAAUUUAUCGACUGUGUGUGGCAAGUGAGUCACCAGUUUAGCAAUGCAUUUGAAUUCAAUGAGCACUUCCUCAUCACCAUUGUGGAUCAUCUGUAUUCGUGCCGUUUUGGCACCUUCCUCUGCAAUACUGAAGCGGAGCGCGUGGCAGAGGAUCUGAAGCACAAGACCACUUCGUUGUGGACGCAUAUUAACUCUUCCCUGGAUCAGUAUCUAAAUCCAUUAUUCCCAUCAUUUACACAUGGCCCUGAGCCCGUAUUGCGUCCCAUUGCCAGCGUGCGUGCCGUGCGUCUCUGGAAAGGACUGUACUGCCGCUGGAAUCCGGGCUUGUGUGCACCUCAGCAUGGUUGUCAGCGCACACGAGAACUGUUGUCCAAACAGGAUCAGCUCUUUAAGCACGUCAAUGAGUUGCGCCUUAAGCUAAAUAAUCGCAGUAACAACAUGCAGACGACCACACGACUGGCUUCUCCCAUGCAUUAAAUAGUAUUUAUCGCUUCUACUACUAGUUAUCACUAACUUUACUGAAAAUUAUAUACAUAUUUAACAGUUAUUUUAAUCCAAAAAUUAUGUGCAUAAGCAAGAAAUAAAAAAUAUGUACGCUUCGACAUACGAGUAUGUACAUACAUAUAUAUAUUUAUAUUCACGUUUCUAAUAAUAAAAUGAAAUUCUUUGUGACUGGGCAUGACCGAUAAGAAAA